GCACCAGCCCCUUAUAAAUAUCACAGACUUAAUGCUAACAUUCGCUCUGAAGGUUUGAUUCUGUGUGAUAUCUUAACUCAGACACAAGAAAAUGGCCUCAAUUCGCCUGGCAGUGGUGGUCGGUGUCCUUGUUCUCCUUUGUGCCAUAUCCCUUGGCGAUGGUCUUCGGAUGUCCAAUGGGCCUAAAAAGUGCUGUUUUGAAUUUGCUGUUCAACAAUUACCAAGAGGACGCAUUCUGGAGUACACUAAAACUAGCACUAGAUGCUCAAACCAAGGAGUUCUGUUCAGAACCAUUGCAGGCCGGCAGGUCUGUGCCAACCCUUCUGACAGCUGGGUGCAGAACUACAUGAAGCAUUUCGACAGGACAAAUAUGAAGAAACAAAACCUGUGAGAAAAUGGAAUGCCAACAUCCCUCAAACUGCAUACACCACUGUGCAAUUGAAUGUAAUUUGUUCUAAAGUCUCUUUGCUUAAAGAGAAUGAACUGACAACACACAUGCUCAUAUUAACCCAUUAAGUACCAAAUUCAUUUUUCUUUGAAAAAAACAGACCACCAGCUGUAUUUUUGUAAUUUUGUGAAUUAUAAAUCAAUAUUUCUUCACAGAAAAAAAUAUAUAAUUCUUUGUUUUGGCUCAAGACAGUCAUAUUAGACCAGUGAAAUUUCAUGUCGGCUAUUAAGCUCAUAGAAAAUUGAGCUUUAUCAUCACUGUGGGUAGGAAAACACCAAGAAAUGUAUCAUUUACAGGCUUGUUUCUUAUUUUAUAAUGAGGCUUCAUAAAAGCCUCUGAAGAGCUGUAUUUGCAGAAUUAGCAGUUCGAUUUAGAGUUACAGUUAACAAAAUGAGUUAUCAACAAUAUAGUUAAAGAGAUCAUUAAAAUAACAGGUAGAUGCCAGUUAAAAAUGAUCCAAAAAGUACAUAGUAGUUUGUCAACAAAUGAGGACAAUGGCACUUACUGGGUUAAUAUUGACUUCUGUGCAUGUGUGUGUGUCAGAUAUUUUCGUUGGGCAGCAAUUUGAUCAUACAGCAGAUGUAUCCAGAUAUAAGCUUUGAAUUAUUUAAUUUUAAUACAUUAUCUUUGCAAACCCAAUGUUUCUAUUUAUGAGAGAAUAUGUUUUCUACAACUGUAGAUUAUGAAUUACAUUUUUUAUUUAAGAUGGUAACACCAACUUAUUUAACCUGCGUGUACUACCUGUUUCUUAGUCAUUUGUUGUUCUUGAAUAAAGGCACUUUGCAAAAAGAAGAUUUAUAUUUAAGACUUCAAAAUGUGUUUUAAGAGCUACUGUGAAGUCCAUCCAUACGGUAGAAAACUUAAUCUUAAACAUCUUCCCAGAACAGUUUAUUUUUUUUUAAUAAUGAUUAUUUAUUAUCUCAUGAACAGGGUUUGCGGAAAGAAAGUGAAAAAAAAGCCAAAGAUAAAGCUGGAUGGCUAGUGCAUUUAUGAAUUUUACAGACAUUUAAACACAUGUGCCCUUUCAAGAAAUAAAUGUAGUGUACUGCUUUUGAAAUGUGUUAUUUCUACAAUAAAGUUAUUUGUUGCAGUCA